UGAGACUACUGACAGGUGUGACGGAGAUGUAACUCACUGUUUGAAACUUUGACAGGCGAGGGAACUCGCUUGAGCAUUCAACUGAAGAACUUUUCCAAGUUAUAGUUGCUUAUUUUAGCCAAACCGCCAGAAAAAAAGUGGUGUUUUGAUCGGAAAACCCAAGAGUGCAUCCUCCUCUUUUCUGCCGGUUUGUUUGGUGCCUUCUGACGCUGAACGAGUUUUCAAAAACAACAUGAGUUCUGCUAAGUAUGAACAUGGAGGGAAUGGGCCUGAGCAGGUUAACUUAAUGACAAAUGAACCGAAGACCAUGAACAAAACGACAUCAAAGCGGAAGAUCAGCAUCGUUGUGGGGGUCGGCGUUUCCCUGCUUGUAGUGGCUGCAGUGGUUGGAUUUCUCUUGUGGCUGUUUCUUGUAAGGUCCAAAAGGUUGGAUUAUGAGUCCAGGUUCCUGCAGAUUACCCCAUCCACACUGAUUUACAGUGGACACAUUAAGCUUCUCAAACCCGAGUAUAGCCCAGCAUACGAGAACCCUGAAAGCCCGGAAUUCCAACAAGUGGCAAAGGAUUUGGAAGGAUUUAUGAAUGAAACAUUCACCAGAGAUCCUUUCCUUUCCAAAUACUAUACCAAGUCUGUCAUCACCGCUUUCAGUGAGGGAGUGUUGGCGUAUCAUUGGAACCAGUUUGAUAUUCCUGUGGCGGACCAGGAGCUUCUCCCUGAGAUGACAGAGGAGCGCGUGGUUGAGGCUCUACGGAGGAACAUCCGCCAGGAGGGCAGAUUCGUGGGGAAUGUUGCAGUCACUGCCACUGACAUCACAGCGUCAUCCUCAGACCCUCGGAUGGCCAGGCACCCCAGAUCAAAACGGUGCCUUUACAGUCUGGCGGCUGAACCCACUGUCAAAGAGUUUACAUCACCUGGGUUCCCUAACAGAUACCCAGCCCGCUCCCGAUGCCAGUGGCAGAUCCGUGCACCUAAAGGGUACGCCAUCCUUGUCAAGUUCAAGACUUUCCAUGUAGAGGAUGACUGUGCCAAUGACUAUGUGGCCAUCUACAACUCCCUCAUUCCUGACAGCUCUCAGGCCAUCACAAAACAGUGUGGACUUCGCCCCCCUACAAAUCCUCUAGAAGUUGUUUCCUCUGGUAACAUCAUGCUUAUCAACCUGAUCACAGAUGGGGUUCGGAGGACAGGGUUUAAAGCUACUUACACGGCCAUUCCCACUAUUACUGCUGAAAGCUGUGGAGCAAAUCUGACUACUACCUCUGGAAACUUCAACUCUCCUCAUUUUCCUAGUUUCUAUCCUCCCGUGGUGGACUGCAAAUGGCAAAUCAAUGUUCCUUAUGGCAAGAAGAUUAAGGUUGAGUUCACCAUGUUCCGUGUGAAGGAGCCAGGUGUGGAUGUUAGUAACUGUCACAAGGACUACAUACAGGUGCUAGGUAUAAAGUUUUGUGGGGAGAAACGUAGACUGGUGCUCUCUAGCCAAACCAACUUCUUAGCAGUGAAGUUCCAUUCAGAUGAAUCCUUCACAGAUAAAGGAUUCAGGGCUGCUUACACUGCCUAUGACCCUGUAAACCCUUGUCCUGGUCAGUUUGCCUGCACCUCAGGCUACUGUAUCAAGAAAGAACAGCACUGUGAUGGCUGGAAUGACUGCGAGGACAUGAGUGACGAAAAGAACUGCCAAUGUGAGGAUGACCAGUUUGUUUGUAAAAAUGGCCUGUGUAGGCCUCCGUACAGUGUGUGUGACAGGAGGGAUGAUUGUGGGGACAACAGCGAUGAGCAGGAUUGUGACUGCGGCAAGGCUCAUGGAAUGUGUGGAGAUGGCGUUUGUAUUCCACAGGACGUUAUAUGCGAUGGAAAAAAAGACUGUACUGAUGGCAGCGAUGAGGUCGCCUGCAUGGAAUCGGUUGGUGUCUGCACAGAUUACUCCUUCAAGUGUAAAAAUAAGGACUGUGUAAACAAAGUGAAUGCAGAGUGUGAUCGCGAUAAUGACUGCUCUGAUGGUUCGGAUGAACAGGGUUGUGACUGUGGAAUCCGGCCCUACAAGCACAACCGUAUUGUGGGUGGACAGAAUUCAGAUUUGGGUGAAUGGCCAUGGCAGGUCAGUCUGCACUUCAAGACAGAUGGACAUGUUUGCGGUGCCUCCAUCAUCUCCAACAAAUGGCUGCUGUCUGCAGCCCACUGUUUCAUACAGCCUGAUACUGGCUACAAAAUUGCAGCUAACUGGAUGACGUACAGCGGUCUGCGGGACCAGAAAUUCCAGGACAACACUGUUCAGCAGCGUACUUUGAAGACCAUCAUUACUCAUCCAAACUACGAACCAAUGAGCUCAGAUUAUGACAUCUCCCUGCUGGAACUGAGCCAGCCGUUGAACUUCACCAACACCGUGCAUCCCAUCUGCCUUCCAGCGCAGUCCCACCUCUUCGCAGCGGGCACUUCUUGCUUUGUUACGGGCUGGGGCACGCUCCGAGAGGGAGGGACUGUUGCUCAAAUCCUGCAGAAAGCAGAAGUAAAGGUCAUUAAUGAUACAGUAUGCAACAUUGUGACCGAGGGUCAGGUGACCUCUAGAAUGAUGUGUAGCGGCCACCUAAGCGGAGGUGUGGAUGCUUGUCAGGGAGACUCAGGGGGUCCACUUGUAUGCAAUUCUGAUGUUGGUAAAUGGUUCCAGGCUGGUGUUGUGAGCUGGGGAGAAGGCUGCGCUCGACGGAACAAGCCCGGCGUCUACACACGUGUUACCAAACUGCGUGACUGGAUCCGUAGCAUCACAUCUGUCUAGUGGACACUGGAACUGAAAUCAUAUGACAACCAACACAGAGGAAUGUUCAGUACCAUAAAUAUUUAGUGCUGAAGAGGACAAAUGUUCAGUUUAAUAUUUAUAGUGUAUAUCAAUAUUUAGUGAUGAAUCAUCACUUGCUCUGUCAAUACUGAAAGCUUUGGUUGGCAUCCUUUACAACAAAAUAGAUAAAAAAUCCAAAUGAUUCAAAACCACAAAACCAUGAAUUAAAUGCAUUUCAGACCUACUUUUUGAAAACUUUAAGGGUUUUUAAAUUAUAAUAAUUGCAUUUUUCAUUCAUUAUGGCUGUGAAUCAUUGGUUUUACAGCUGUAUCAAUCUAAAGUUGAGUUCAACAUUGUCUAAAUGAGUUGGACUCAACUUUAGUCAACCCUAUUGGAGAAAAUAUACCAGUAUGGUGGGAAUAUAUAUUAGUGUGCUGUACUGUUACAAUCAGGAUUGGAUGGCAAAUUGUGAAUGUCAUCUUUUGUAGUGCUUCCAUUAGUUGAAUACUGAUUCUUCAACAGUAACUUCAUGAACGGCAUUUAAAGAUCAAGCUGGACUAUAAUUAGUUUGCCAUGACUUAUGACCUGGUGGAGAUCAUUUUAUCUUUCUGAGUAAUGUUUUAAAAAGUAAUUUAUGUUCAUCAUAUGCCCAAGAUUUUGCGCCUUUUUUACAAGUAUUGUACCCAGGCUCUUUUCAGAACAAGGGUGUUUGUGUCUUAGGCUUUGGUGCAAGCUCCAACAGAAGUUCUUAUUGCCAAGUUCAAAAGCUUCUUUUCAAUUUAGACAUAUUUGUAAAAAUUGCACUUGGUUUCACUUUUUUUUUCUUCUCAUCAGUGUGAUCUUGGUACCUCAGUGAAGAAGUUCUAAAAUGGAGGUUUAGGUAAAAAUGGGACAUUUCCAUCAUCCAUUUGCCAGUAAAACUAAGGCCAACCAGGUCACUCACUUCUGCUGAAUGUUAAGUUCCAGCCAAUCAAUGUCAGAGCUGUUGGCUGGAGCAACCUAGUAGGAUGGUCUCUCCAUCAAAGAGGCCUUAACGUAUCGAGGAAUCUAUGCUGCUCGUUCUUCAUAGACAUGGCUAGUACCUUUCCCAUGGAAAGUCCACUUGCUUGGUAAGAUGCUCAGGUUUUGUAGCGAAGUGACAUAAUUUCCCUGGAAGCACGAGAGACCUGAGCUGUAUUUUGAGAUACAUCAAGAAGUAUAUGCUAUAUUUGUAUACUAAGUUUUCUUGUAGCAUCUAAAAAAUUAUUUUGAAAGCUGUAGUUUUUUGAAAAUUGUGAACCUAUUUCAAUCAACUUCAAUUGAUAAAUUGCAAUGACUGUGUAUGUCUCAUUCUUUUAAGUGUUUUGGGUGACUGGCAUUUUGUAAAUCUUUCCAUGUGCUUGUUGGUCUUGUUAAUUUAGGUUUUAAGAGUUUUUUGAUCGCUUUUGUUUUAUAGUUAAACUAUCAAAUGUUUUAUUUUGUGUUCAAAAUGUACAAUGUUUCCUUUGCAAUAAAAUACAAG